GUAAAACUCCAGUCAGUGUGUGACGUCAACCACCGUUGCCAGGUGAGUGAUAUCACUGUAUGAUAUCACUGCUGUAGGUAUUUCUUUUGGUGUUUAACUUGGUGUAGCGGUGGCAAUCUCUUGACAGAGCUGAAGAUUAACCUUUCACUAUGGCGGCAGUAGUUCAGCCACACGAAAGAAAAUGUACCGUGUGCGCAAAUGACUUCACCACACCAAAGAUUCUGCCCUGUGGUCAUCUCCUGUGUCAAGGAUGUGUCAUUUCCUUGAUUUACUCUAAACCUGAAGCCGGGUGUCCUCUGUGUAAAUGUCCUAUAGUAGAGCUUAAAGGUAAUUCAAGUCAAAGAUCAGCUGAUGUUGCCGAGGCCCUGCCUACAGACUCUGUGAUGAAGGCGAUAGUAGAAAGUGCUGGCGUGCUGAUGGGGGAUGGCAUGUGCACUGUAUGUGAUGACGUCAGAGCUGAAUACAUCUGUAUACAGUGUUUUGAAAAGAUGUGUCCAUCGUGUACUAAGAUACACAAGAAGAUGGUAGUGAGUCGCAGUCACAAUGUGGAGAGUGUCAGCACUGUGACACCUGAACGUCUGGCUGCCAGCCGCCCUGCACUGUGUGCUGACCACGGCGACAAACAUGCGGAGUUGUUUUGUGUUGAUCACAACCUUGUCAUCUGCCAGUCCUGUUCUAAGAAACACAGCGGGUGCAUUGAUGUUAAGCCUCUCGAUGAAAAAAUGAAGUCAGCAAAAAAGACACUAGGGUCAUUGGCAGAGGAAUUGGAUACAGCAGAAAAAAACCUGAAGCAAGCAAUAUGGAAUCUAAGUGUGCGCCAGCAGACAGCGGAUGCCACUAAAGAGGAAAACAUGGUGAUGGUGGACAGUACAUGUAAUCGUCUUCAGAGCAUGGUUGAGGACUGUCGGAAAGAAAUGAAGAACCAAAUCAGUCAUUCUAUUUCGAAAUUCGAGGGGUAUCUGAGUAAUGUCAAGAAGGACUUCAAAAAACGUUUAGGGAAAGUGACGUCACACAAACAUCUCGUGACGCGAGCCACAACGGUCAGACCGUGUCCCGAGCUGAUACACGCAGCCCAGACUCUGACAGACAGGGUCAACGACAUCAACCUCAGUGAUGAGCUGGAAGCAGAUGUUUGGGUGGACCCAUCGGCAGAAAUAACAAAACGCUGUGACGAUGUGGUGAGACGAAUAACGGCUGAGCUACAGAGCCUGAAACAGCAGCCGACUGGGUUUGAAGUCAGAGUAGACGAAAUAGGUCAGAGAAACACGAUGUACCUGGGGAAGACGGGAACCCCUCCCGCUGAUCUCGUCACCAAUUUUUACGAGGACGUGAAGGACUCCGUCAUCAUCACGACGACUUGGUUCCUGCGCAAGUAUUCUACGGUAACAGAGGAACCAGACCUUGUGUUUCACGAAAACUGUGGGAAAAACAUUCGUCUGCUGAACAGUAACACGACCGCACAGGUCGUUGAGCCUGGACGUAACUCCGACUGUUUGGUCUUUUUACGAGACGCCAUGGCUGUGAACAUCGUGUAUGAAGUCAGAAUAGACUGUAUAAAUAAGGAAGCCAAAAGCAGUUUAUACCUUGGUGUGACGAGAAUCCCUCCAGCACAACUCACUGUGCCGGCGUCGUGUUAUAGCCUGAAAGAAUCUGCUUUUUUUUGGGAUACUAAUAUCUGCAUCAAAGGUCACAAUGUCAAGUCUAAUGUCACCAAUGCUCUAGGAAUUUGUGAAGUCGGGAGUCGUUUUGGACUGAUGGUUGACCCAUCAAACAAUCUUCACUUUUAUGCUGAUGGAGACCACCAGGGGGUUAUAGCAGAUGUCCCGCUGCCCCGCUUCGUCUUCUUUGACCUUUUCAACAAAGUCAUACAGGUCACAGCCCUUCCCACUUUUAGGAUGACAUGAAGCAUAUCUAAGAAUAACACAGAGAGAGACAAUAACGAAACCCAUAACACUUAUCGACGACUACACCGACUUUACAAGUGAUUUUAUUAAUUAACUCUACUCUGUGCUGCUGCGUGUUAAAAUAUUGAUGUAAAGAAUAUAACAAAAAACAAGUAACACAAACAAAUGUAUUGCACUGCGCAUUGCUUAACCAAAAGAGUAAUUUACUAUCUUGUAGCUGAUCUAGAAAGUUCACAUUUUCCUUACAUUUAUUUGUAUUUACUUCUUUCUAUUGUGCGGCAUGCUAGAGAUAGAGAGGCUAUGCUACAUUUACUAGACUUUAUCACAAGUACCGGCAUGUGAAAUAUCUAUCUAAUUAUUGCUGCAAGUUGUUGUUUGUCAUGUAGCCUUAGAAUUGUUGAUAUAAUUGAAAGAUAAUAUGUAUUUAUUGUGUUGAAAAUUACCAAGUCUUACAUCUAGAUUUUUGUGUUAAUUUGCUUCUUUUUACUACAGAAUAUUUUUCUUACAUUUAUCUUAACAAGACUCUUGAGCCCUGGUUUAUGAAAAAAUAUGAACAGUUUUACAAAAGUUAUCCUCGUGUAGACUAGCAGACUACUUAAUGAAGUACCAUUUACUCUAAUUGUUUUGUAAAAAUGAUUAUUUUUCGUAUGCAGAUUUCCGUUUUAAAAUGUUUUUGGUCCACAAUACUACAGCCUUUGUUAUUAAAGUAACAGGAACAUACACUGCUAUAAAAAUUAGAAAUUGUCUUAAAAUACAUUUAAAUUAAAUCCACGGAGAUUCGUCCCGAUUUCCACAUGAAAAUGACAGAAUUCAAUCGCUGUUUCGGUUGAAUUUCCAUGUCAGAACCCCAUCGUGUUAUACCUUUCCAGACAGCCCGGAGUCUGUUUUUUCAGUCUUUGUAAAGAUCAAUUCAAAUAUUAAAUAACUAAAAGUUUAGGGAUAAACAAAUCUGACUGCUGAUCUCGACGUCAUCCAAUGGGAGAAUCAUAAACUUCGUAACGAAAACAAAGACGCUGAGCGAUUUUAAUUUUAAUCCCUGAAACCAGUGAAACUUUUUGUGCUUUUUCUUAAAUUAAAGUAUUUAUUCAGUGCUGAGUGAAUGAACAGUCAUGUCUAUAAACAAUCACUUUUCAUGAAAUUUGUGCUUCUAGAAAUAUCUAUUUUUGUGUGGUAGGCCAGUUUUCCAGGUCUUCAAGUAUGUCAAGCAUCCAGUUUUCUUCAUCUUUUAUUUCUCUACUUAGUUUUGCUACUUUAGCAGAUAAUUUUUUAGUAUUCUAAUAUUUCUGUGAGUGUUCAUUCUGAUUAGAUUGUAAUAACAGUUUUGUUUCAUUUCAGUUUAUUUUACAAACAGGCAAAGGCACUAAAAGCACGCACAUCUUUAUUUCUGUAUACUUUUUGUUACUUAAAAUGAUGUAGCGUGCUGCAUUUUAUCAUCACGCUAUAUAUAGUACAGUCUGAACAGCCAGAAGUACCGUUUGCUAAAGAAAAACUCGGUGAAACUGCUAAACAUCUUUGAAUCCGCUUUUCUGAAAAAACUCCACCGUACUUCCACACUUCAAACCUGUACAAAGUAAUUUUAGGACUUGAAGAGUAACUUUGGUAUCAAAAGAAAGGCCUAAACCUGUACAUUUCCAAACUAUCCACUCUGUAAAAUCUCAAUUUGCUGACUUAUUAAGAUUUAUUUCAUCGUGGCGGGUCAAAACCAUAUAAAAUAUUAUUUAUCUUCAAACUCUCAUUUUCGUCUCUAAUCUAGUAUAACGGAUCUUUUAACGAUGGCCUGUAAAUCAAAGUGGUCUGAGAACUGCUCUUUAAUUUACACGUUAUAAACAGGACCAUAUUACUAUAUAAGCACACUUUGAAAUAUAAAUUUUAAUAAAGUA